GGUUCUAAAAUGGCUACCCAGAAGGAGCAUACAGGACUGACAGGUGGCCAGGAGUGUAUUUUGGAACCACUGUGCUUUCCCGAGCACCAGGGGGCUAGCAAUAGCUUAGCUUUCCCAGGUGAAGGUUGCCGGGUGUUCUGUGUACUGUGCUCCCACUCGCUUCCUCUCUCGGAUAAGGAUCUGCUCCUGAAACAUCUGGUGCUGGAGCACAAGCUGGUCAUCGCAGAUGUCAAACUCAUUGCUGACUUCUCAAAGUACAUGCUUUACUGGAAGAAAAGGUUUACAGAGCAGCCCAUCACAGACUUUUGCAGCGUUAUCAAGACUAACUCGGAGGGACCUGCUGAGUUGCAGGAGAACUACUUCCUCCUGUGUGAUGCUCUACCAGAGGACCGCAUCCUUCGAGAGCAGCUCCAGCAGAAACGACUGGAGGAUGUUCUUGAACAGCAACAGAAGGAAAGAGAUGACACAAGAUUUCAGCGUACCUGCAUGUUCUGUAAUGAAGUAUUUACUGGAAACAGGUCUGGUCUGCUCAAUCACAUGGCCCGGGAGCACUCGUUCAGCAUCGGCCUGCCCGACAACAUCGUCUACUGCACCGAGUUCCUUGAUACACUGGAGCAGAAACUGGACAAUCUGCAGUGUCUCUACUGUGAGAAGAUAUUUCGAGACAAGACGACCUUGAAAGAUCACAUGAGAAAGAAGCAACACAGAAGGCUUAAUGCCAAAAAUUGUGACUACGAUCGCUUCUAUGUCAUUAAUUACUUGGAGUUGGGGAAGACCUGGGAAGAGGUGCAGUCUGAGGAUGACAGGGAGCUGUUAGAGGAGGAGGAGGAGUACGACUGGUCCGACUGGCAGGCUCGCCCGCUGUGUGCUGUGUGUCUGUUCUGCGAGCAGCAAGAGGAGACAAUGGAGAAGAUCUACACACACAUGCAGGAAGCUCAUCAGUUUGACUUCCAUAAAUUGAAGACAAAUCUUUGCCUGAGGUUCUAUCAGCAGCUCAAACUUGUGAACUACAUUCGCCGUGAACUCCACCACUGUCGUUGCUAUGGUUGCCAGAGGACUUUGGACACCAAAGAGGAAGUGCUGCAGCAUAUGAUGGAGGAGGGCCAUGUGAUGCAGCUUCCAGAAUUGUCCCACUGGGACCAACCGCAGUACUAUUUCCCCACAUACGAGAACGACGCCCUGCUCACAGCCCUGUCGGACAGCGAGAGUGACCCCGAGGAGGUGGCCCGCAGUGCCGAGGUGCCUGUCUACUCCGAGGAUGUCUCCUCUUUGAGGGCCUUAAAGCAGACCAGUGUGCUGAACACACUACUCAAGUAGUGCCACGGCUCCAACUGAGCUUCACCGUGGUGGAGCGGGAAGUCACUCAUCACCUGUGCACCGGAAGUGAGGGAGCUUCAUCACACAAACUGAUGUCAUCAGUAUGAUCAAGCUCUCCAUGAAGUGAAGCAUGUCUCCAUGAAGUGAAUAAUUUAUCAGGAAAUACAUUAAACUAUACAUGGCCAAGAGGCCCCAGGACUAGAGUUGAGAAACAUGGAAUUAAACAUUAGUGCAUCAGGUUGAUCAUGCAUUUGAGGCAUUCAUAGUGAUCAUAUAUUUUAGCACAUGCAAAAAGGCUGGCUCACUUCUUACAUCUCUCUGGGGCUUCUUUGAGUUGGUAAUUGUCUUCAGGAGAAUGUCUGUGUUUUUGUUUUUUCUUCUUUGGUGUAUUGAAACCUAUUUCCAUGAUAUUUAAGAUGUCUUCACCAUAUUUGUUUACCACCUAGUCUGGCCCCGUAAGUCACUCACCUCAAAUUCAGAUCUCAAAGGCCUGAGUAUUGCUAUAUUGAACAUACAAUUAUAGGAUUAAUUACAGAGUAUAAAUAAACAUUGUGUAGCAGAUUAAAAUGGUAUGUUAUAA